GGCGUGAGGGGGAAUGUCAUUGCUUCUCCGGGCUGUGGUGCCGCCUCCGUCUGCUCCUUCUCUGGCGCCCUCGUCCCGUCGGCUUUCACCGCCGCCACCGCAGCUGCCUUGGGGACACGGAUGGCUAGUGGAGCGCGGGGGCCAUCUGGGUUGAGAGAGCGGCGGUCGCGGCCGCUGCUGAGGCGGAGACUCCCCGCCGCCUCCACUCCCAGUUCCCUGGCCUCUCGGCGUUGAGGGCGGGAGCGCGCUGAGCUCUUCCCUCCUCCUUCCUUUUCUUCCUCCUCUUCCUCCUCCUCCUCCUCCUUCUCCUCCUCCUCCGGGUCCCCGCCCAGCACCCCUCGCUCCGGGCGGCGGCGGCGGCCGCGGAGGAGCGCGAGACCCGCCGCCGGGGCACAACAUGGCGGAGCCCUCGGCCCCGGAGAGCAAGCACAAGUCGUCCCUCAACUCGUCCGCGUGGAGCGGCCUCAUGGCCCUGGGGAACAGUCGGCACGGCCACCACGGGCCCGGGGCCCAGAGCGCGGCCAAGGCGGCGGGCGGCGCGGCGCCGCCGAAGCCGGCCCCCGCGGGGCUGUCCGGGGGUCUGUCGCAGCCGGCCGGCUGGCAGUCGCUGCUUUCCUUCACCAUCCUCUUCCUGGCCUGGCUCGCCGGCUUCAGCUCGCGCCUGUUCGCCGUCAUCCGCUUCGAAAGCAUCAUCCACGAGUUCGACCCGUGGUUUAACUAUAGAUCAACACAUCAUCUUGCAUCUCAUGGAUUCUAUGAAUUUUUAAAUUGGUUUGAUGAAAGAGCAUGGUAUCCACUAGGAAGAAUAGUGGGUGGUACUGUUUAUCCAGGGUUGAUGAUAACAGCUGGCCUUAUCCAUUGGAUUUUAAAUACAUUAAACAUAACAGUUCACAUAAGAGAUGUAUGUGUGUUCCUUGCACCAACUUUUAGCGGCCUUACAUCUAUAUCUACUUUCCUGCUUACCAGAGAACUUUGGAACCAAGGAGCAGGACUUUUAGCUGCUUGUUUCAUUGCUAUUGUACCAGGUUAUAUAUCCCGGUCUGUAGCUGGUUCCUUUGAUAAUGAAGGCAUUGCUAUUUUUGCACUUCAGUUCACAUACUACUUAUGGGUUAAAUCUGUAAAAACGGGAUCUGUUUUUUGGACAAUGUGCUGCUGUUUAUCAUAUUUCUAUAUGUAUUGUGUGGUCAUUUCUGUUUAUGAGAAAGAAAAAUCCAGUGUUAGUAGUAAAUUCUCCUUGUUUCUUAUUUUUGCCUUUAUAGCGUAUAGCACUUUCUACAUUGUGGGUUUAAUAUUAUCCAUGCAGAUACCUUUUGUGGGUUUUCAACCAAUCAGAACAAGUGAACACAUGGCAGCUGCAGGUGUUUUCGCAUUGCUACAAGCUUAUGCUUUCUUGCAGUAUCUGAGAGACCGAUUGACAAAACAAGAAUUCCAGACCCUUUUUUUUUUGGGUGUGUCACUAGCUGCAGGUGCUGUGUUCCUUAGUGUCAUCUAUUUGACUUACACAGGUUAUAUUGCACCAUGGAGUGGCAGAUUUUACUCAUUGUGGGACACUGGGUAUGCAAAAAUACACAUUCCAAUUAUUGCAUCAGUGUCUGAACAUCAACCUACGACUUGGGUGUCUUUCUUCUUUGAUCUACAUAUUCUUGUAUGUACCUUCCCAGCAGGCCUGUGGUUCUGCAUCAAAAAUAUCAACGAUGAAAGAGUAUUUGUUGCUCUGUAUGCAAUCAGUGCUGUCUACUUUGCUGGAGUGAUGGUGAGGCUGAUGUUGACUUUGACUCCAGUCGUCUGUAUGCUGUCUGCAAUUGCCUUCUCAAAUGUUUUUGAGCACUAUUUGGGGGAUGACAUGAAAAGGGAAAAUCCACCUGUGGAGGACAGCAGUGAUGAGGAUGACAAAAGAAAUCCAGGAAAUUUGUAUGAUAAGGCUGGCAAGGUGCGGAAGCAUGUGGCUGAGCAGGAAAAGCCAGAGGAGGGGCUGGGCCCCAACAUCAAGAGCAUCGUCACCAUGCUUAUGCUCAUGCUGUUGAUGAUGUUUGCUGUGCACUGUACCUGGGUCACCAGCAAUGCCUACUCCAGUCCCAGCGUGGUCCUGGCUUCCUAUAACCAUGACGGCACCAGAAAUAUCUUAGAUGAUUUUAGAGAAGCCUACUUUUGGCUAAGACAAAACACAGAUGAACAUGCCCGAGUGAUGUCAUGGUGGGAUUAUGGCUAUCAGAUAGCUGGAAUGGCUAAUAGAACUACAUUGGUGGAUAAUAACACCUGGAAUAAUAGCCACAUAGCACUGGUGGGAAAAGCCAUGUCUUCUAAUGAAACAGCAGCCUAUAAAAUCAUGAGGACUCUAGAUGUAGAUUAUGUUUUGGUUAUUUUUGGAGGAGUUAUUGGCUAUUCUGGUGAUGAUAUCAACAAGUUUCUCUGGAUGGUGAGGAUAGCUGAAGGGGAACAUCCAAAAGACAUUCGGGAAAGUGACUAUUUCACCCCACAGGGAGAAUUUCGUGUAGACAAAGCGGGAUCCCCUACUCUACUGAAUUGCCUUAUGUAUAAAAUGUCGUAUUACAGAUUUGGAGAAAUGCAGCUGGAUUUUCGUACUCCCCCAGGAUUUGACCGAACACGUAAUGCUGAAAUAGGAAAUAAGGACAUUAAAUUCAAGCAUUUGGAAGAAGCCUUUACAUCAGAACAUUGGCUUGUCAGGAUAUAUAAAGUGAAAGCACCUGAUAACAGGGAGACAUUAGAUCACAAACCACGAGUCACCAACAUUUUCCCAAAACAGAAGUAUUUGUCAAAGAAGACUACCAAAAGGAAGCGUGGCUACAUUAAGAAUAAGCUAGUUUUUAAGAAAGGCAAGAAAAUAUCUAAGAAGACUGUUUAAACGCACUGUUCUGGUUCCUGACUUGAAGCAGUUGUCCUUGUGAGAACCGGUCUUGCCUUUAGCUCAUGUCAUGUUUCACAGCAACAGAGGGUACAGAACUAUCACUGGUCCAGGUUAAUGUACACAGUUUUCCAGUAAUGCCUGAUUUUAAAAAAAUAAAAUUGGUUUAUUGAGAAGAACUGUUUUCGAUUUGUAAUGUGAAGCAAGACAGAGCACUGCUGCAAAUGUCUAGCAGCGGAUUUUUUUUAUUGGUACAUAUUAUCCUUUAAAUCUGAAAAUUUGGACUAAUUGCACCAAAGAACCUUCUGAUUUGGUCCCUUGCACAUGCAUACUUGUCAAUGUUUUUAUUCUUUUACAAGACCUGCAUUUUAUUUCAAUUACCUACAUAGCAAUAUGUAAAAUACAAAUGACAAAAACUGAUGAGAGCUUCUUGAACAGUAAACCAGUACAGGUCUGAGAAAAAGGUAUUAGAAAAGAAAUUAUACUUCCUUGAAAUAUAUUUAUUUUCAUGUUUCUCUAGUACAAAGAAUGUUUCAUCAAAUGGACAUUAUCUGUCUCAUAUGUUAGCUGUAAGAAGCUGCUGUUUCAAAUAUGGACCUCUUGAGUAGCUAAAUGAUUGAAAUAGUUUUAUGUUGUUAUAGUGUAACUGCUUUUAGCAGUUGUUUUCACAGGUAUUUAUAGAGCACAUUUCAUACAUUGUUCAUUCAAGGGCUAAAUUUCUAUCCUUUGGAAAUCAUGGCAACUGCACAGAAUGUUGCUUACCAGCAAGGGGUUUGGUCCUUCAGUACUGAGGUUGGGACUGUGUUUACAUGCAAAAGUUAAAGGAAAAACCCCUUAGGUAUCCAAAUUCAUUUUCUGUGACUCCUCAGAAUGACAAAGGAUUUGUAAACUUUGCCUGGAUUUUUUUCACUUUGUAAUAGUUUUAUUCAUCAUAAUAAUUUUGUUCUCUGCUCUAUAUUCUAAUACCUUAACCAUUUGAUGAAACACUCUUUAGUGCUUAUAUACAUUUUCUUUUAUUAAAAAUGUGACAGUUGUCAAAAAUGCACUAAAAUAAUAAAUGGAAAUUGAACAUGUUCAUUUUCCAGCUUAUAGGCAACUUUAUACAGACUUGAAAAUUUUUUCCAGGUUAGUAAAAGUGAGAGGGUUUUCAAUCCUGCCACAGAAUAUGGAUAUAACUUUUUUUUUUAAAUAAUGUAACACACCACUGCUUUUGGUGGAAAAGUAUAGACUAGUAUGUACCUUUUAUGAAGAAAAAUGAAAUUUACAAUGUUCAGUGAGAAUGUUACUGCUGAUUUUCUUUUUCAAGGUGUAGAAUAUUCUUUGAUUUAUAGAAUUCAUUUUUGACCCAGAUGAUGGUUCUUUUACAGACCAAUAAAAUGGCUAAACAUUUUUUCACAAAAUAUAACUAAAUCUGGAUUUCUGAUACCUUGUCAUUUGGGGGAUUUUAUUUUACUUUGUUGCUUUAAAAUUUAAUGCAGAGAAGUUGUUGACUGUAGGGGAAAUAAAGUUAAUUCAACUUUUGUGUUAA